GAGGCCUAUGACUCUGAGUUGACCUCAGUUUUAUUCGGACUUGUGGGAAUUUCGACCUCUUCGCCUAAACUGGCAAAAUGGCCCGUGGACCCAAAAAGCAUCUGAAGCGCCUUGCGGCACCAAAACAUUGGAUGUUAGAUAAACUUUCGGGAUCAUUUGCACCUCGUCCAUCAACUGGCCCACACAAAUUAAGAGAAUGCCUGCCAAUGGCUGUGUUCCUUCGAAAUCGUUUGAAGUAUGCUCUUACAUACGAUGAAGUGAAAAAGAUCAUGAAACAACGUUCCAUUAAAGUCGACAACAAAGUUAGAACUGAUGUUACGUAUCCAGCUGGCUUCAUGGAUGUGAUUACAAUUGAAAAGACUGGUGAGAACUUCCGUCUUAUUUAUGAUGUCAAGGGUCGAUUCACUGUUCAUAGAAUCGGAAAUGAUGAAGCAAAGUUCAAGCUCUGCAAAGUGAAAAAGGUGUGGACAGGAGCAAAGGGAAUUCCAUACCUGAGCACCCAUGAUGCUCGUACAGUGCGUUAUCCGGAUCCGUUGGCCAAGGUCCAUGACACCGUCAAGAUCGACAUCAGCACUGGCAAGAUUACAGACCACUUGAGGUUUGAAAGUGGCAACAUGUGCAUGAUCACUGGAGGUCGUAACUUGGGGCGUGUCGGUGUUGUAGUGCACCGUGAGAAGCAUCCUGGAUCCUUCGAUAUCGUCCAUGUGAAAGAUGCCACAGGCCACACCUUUGCUACCCGUCUCAGCAACAUCUUCAUCAUUGGUAAAGGCACCAAGUCCUUGGUUUCUCUUCCCAAAGGAAAGGGCAUCAGGAUGUCAAUUGCUGAAGAGAGGGAAAAGAGACUUGCGCAGCGAUAAGAAAAUGUCAAGGAUUUACCACCCAAUGGUGAAAAAAUAUUCUCAGCAUCCAGAAAUUUAAAUGACAACAGAUGUAUAAAGAAAAAAAACAUGGAGUAGUCAAUAAAAAAAAUGGGUGUUUGUGCUAAGUUUUCAAUAAAUUGCCAAUAUAACACCAUGAGGA